GUGACUAAUUAUCACCAAUUUCACGACUCUUCAGUGGAUUUUGUAGAGUUUUUAAACUGAAAUGAGAAUUGGAUGAUUCAUAUUUGAGAUGAUUUCUAAAUGUCUGGCCUGGACUGGAUGUUGUUUCAUCACUGAAGUACGUGGUCGAUGUUGCACUGUUAGUGAGACCUGUUGAGGCACUGACAGACUGCAGGUAUCGUGUUACUCAGCAGCAGCUCACCUCAGCAGAGCUGGUCCGGGUUCAUUCCACCGGCACCGACUGGAUGUGUCUGCAUCUCAUCUGAACGGUACCAGACUUUGUCAGCCAAAGAACCAGAGGAUGAGGUCAAGACUGUUGUUCUCUACUGCAAACUGAAUUGGAGAGUAGCAGUUCUGGUUAGGACCCAUGAGAGGACCCAUUCUGAGCUGAGGACUACAGCCGAACAUCUAACAGGACCAGUCAGGUUGGACCAUGCAGUCUUUAACUCAGGAGAUCCAGAGCUUUUCUCGGUCACGGCUGAGGAAGCAGUGCACCCGUGUGACAUCAUUAAGUGGUCGUCGCAUCAUAGAGACCUGGAAAGGUUCAACCAUUACUGUGAUGGAGGACCCCGUACCCCCUGAGAAGAUGCUGGGCUACAUUCCUGAUACAUCCUGGGACCUGCAGGUUGGCGUGGUUAAACCCUUCCUGCUGCUGGGUUCACAGGAUGCUGCUAAUGACUUUGGCACUUUGAGGAAACACAAGGUUUCUCACAUUCUGAAUGUGGCUUUUGGCGUGGAGAAUGUGUUUCCAGACCUGUUCGUCUACAAAGUCCUCAGUAUUCUGGACCAUCCGGACACGGACCUGCUUGUACAUAUGCAGGAAUGCUGUGACUUCAUAGAGCAAGCUCGAUGUGAGAAAGGCGUUGUGCUGGUCCAUUGCAAUUCCGGUGUGUCACGUGCACCGGCUGUGGUUAUUGGCUACCUGAUGUCAUGUGACGGCCAGUCCUUUGAUGAGGCAUUGUCACUGGUUAAAUCGGUUCGACCUGCCUCUGACCCAAACCAUGGCUUCUUGGAACAACUGAAGAACUACAAAACAGCAAUGGUGAAUGGAUCCAAACACUAAAGGAUGAGUGUUCAGGGUGGUUAAUCACAAGUUGUCCAAUUUGCUCAAGAAUUUAUUAGAAA